AUAUAUGGUGUUUGUCACUUUAGAUACAAAAAUCAUCUGUGAUAUUCAAUACUAUAAUUUACUGGCUUACAUAUGUUUCUCAGUUUAUUUUACAGUAAACAGUUUAUGACCUAUCAGUCAUCUUGAGUGACCUGUCACAUCCAGAUUACUAAGUGCCCUCCCUGUACUCUUCUGGGAGGCAUACAGCAUAAUGGCAGAGUCGUCAGUGCCCGGAGGUCCAGUGACUGAGGACCACAUGUGAUGGUCGACACAACACUCAGCUGCUACAGUGUGUCAUUACUGUUGUGUGAAUUACAAACUUGAAUAAUGGAAGUAGAUCAGCAUAUGAUGUGGUUGAUCAGUGCUCUCAAGGCCUCUGUUGAUGAUGAUACAGUAAAUGAAAACAAAUUGACGAAAAAUGUCAGUGAUUGUUUUCUACGUGUAAAGAAGACGUCUGCAAAUGGAAAUAAAGACCAGCAAUUUGAUGAUUUUCGAGCAAGAGCAACUCUACUGCUGCUUUUGUGUUGUCCAAGAAUACGGGAACUUCCAGUUAUUCAGACAUGCCAAGAUUUUCAAGCAGUUGCUAUGACCUUACCAGUACUUAAGGAAUCUGUCUUCUUCUCUCUUGUCAGAAGUCAGAAAAAUUAUCGUUUUUUAUCCCCAGUUCUGUGUUGGGUCUCACCUGGGGUUCUUCAGGAAAUAACAAGAGAAUAUUUCCUUUGGGUAGAUGGAGUGACACCUCUUACUCUUGCAGUCUCAUUAGAAUUGUUGAAAGGUUUGCUCUUCAGUUUUCAGUACAACUGUGUAGAAGAUGACAGUGUAUUAAGUGAUGUGGAGUGUUUACAUUUAUUAUUAAAGUUCCUAUCUUCUAAGAAUGUUUCAAGCAAGACACAGGUGUUAAUUAAGUCCAGUGGUUAUUAUUAUAUGUAUAUAUGUGAGUAUUUAUAUUUGAUGUUAACUGUCUAUGCUGGCUGUUGCUUAAAAGAACCUGAAACUUAUCUGUCUUUGCAAACCUGGACACAUUUAUGGAAAAGUACCCACAAAAAAGAACAACUUGGCAAAGGACGCUGCUUUCUAUUCAUCGGAAAAAGUAUUGAAUCUCUCCUAAAUAUAUGUCAGCAAAACAGUGAAGCAGUAAAUGUAGAUGUGUGGAUAGAGUGGAAUGAUCUGAUUUUACCAGCUGUUGUCACUGUUCAUAGGAAUUCUUCGGUUCACCAUGGGAAAGCUCGGCAAAAGAGCAUACAGUCAGUUAUAUGCAACAUAGCUUUUGAUAUACUGAAGAUUUUUAAUUCUCAUCCAGAGAUACAUAAAAACCUAAACACUAAUACAUAUCAAGGUCUAAUGCAAUUCUUCCAGCAUGUAGCAUUAGACCCUGACUAUGAUCCUGACCAGAAUCUCGACCAGGAUAAGUUAAUAGAGGAGAUAAGCGUAGAAGAUGAACGACAGGCAAAACUCCUUGCAAUACUUGCCAGAAGAGAGAAUAUUUUUACCUCCCAGGAUUGUCAGGAGUGUAUGAAAAAGUACAGUACAGUUGUUGAUGGUGCAGCAAGAAAAGAAAUUUUACUUGGCUUUAUUCAGCAUGUCAAAGCAAAGAGAGGAUACACUUCAGAAUGGUUAGAUCUGGUCCUGGACAUGGUAGCAGCUCUUCCUGCUAAACACCUUUUGCCAAUAAUUGAAGAUCAUCUUGCAGCAGGACUGGAUGAGACUCUGAAAACUGCCGACUUUCCUAAUCAGCUAACAUCUAUAUUCAAUCAGCUGGCUGCACAGGACUCAGUUGUGCCUUCAGAGAAGCAUGUAUGGUUAUGUCUUCAAUCAGGGAAAGCUGUAGUGAAGCAAGCUGUGUUGCUGGCAGUCAGUCUGAGUGGAUUAAUACCAGUUAUGGUCCAAGCACUGACAGCCAUCCCCCAAGUUUGCCAAGCAGUUUUACCAUCAGGUAAAUCUCUACUAGUUUCCACACUACUUGAGCAACAGAGUAAUGGGUUCUCAGGUAGGCAAGAACAAGAAUUUGCUGCUCUAGUGAAAGGAUUAUUAGGCGCUGAGAAUGUCUUGGCAGCGUCUGAGGUCCUGAAAGUGAUGAUUGAGCCAUUUCUGGUGGUGACAAGUGGCAAGGAUAUGGAUAAGCUUACCUUGCCAUUAGAUUUACUUAAGGAAAUAGUGGAACACAAAUCAUCUGCUGUAGUGAAACCUGGUCCAUCACUUGUGAGUCUCAUACUGACCUUGGUGCAUAUUAUUCAUGCAACAGUCAACCUGCAGAGUCAUGAUGCACCUGGCACUCUAUCACUCAGGAUGGAUGCUGUGAGUGCUGUCAGUACCAUUUCAGAUAAUAUCAUUAGGAAUUUGCAAGAAUAUGAGAAAGAUAUUUCUUUACUCAAACAACUGAUGGUGAAAUACCAGCUACACCCACGCAGUGUAUUUCCACUGACCAAAAUUUUGGACUUAAAGGAAUGCCAAGAUUCUUAUGCAGAUUGUAUUCAACAUGCAAUGAUGAAGAUAGAGAUGGAAGGACAAGAAGGAAAGAAAUGUCGUAUGGACUGCAUAGAUAAAAACUCUAAGUCCUUGAUUGGCAUUUCAAGAUCAGAAUGGGUUAUUGCUUUGUUCAAGCUGUUACCACACAGUAGUGAACCUGAAUGGAUAUCUGCAUUCUUCCUAACACACCAUGCUUUGCAGUCUUUGCAUUUGGUAUACCCAACACUGCAAGUAUUUCAGGAGGUGUUGUACCUGGUCUGUGCUCACAUGACUGUAGGGUCCAUGGCCAAAGAAGAGAUAGUUGAUGGUACACCAUUCCAACCUGCUUCUGUCUCCAUCCAGCAUUGUUUCAGAUGCUUUGCUACUGCUGCAAUGAUGUAUUUGGAGGAAUUACUACAGCCACUACCUUCCGAUAAAAGAUUCCAGCACAUUGGCAGCAUAUUUAGAUGGUGGUGUCAUGUGGUGUCCCUGUACCAGUGUAACUCUGACCUGCCAUCCCUUUUCUUAGCUCGUCUCAUUGCUGUCUUAGAAGAGAUAAUCACCAGUGGAAAGUUACAAUUUUCUAAAUAUGAAAAAACCCAGAAAUAUUGUUGUGAGGAAACACAGUCAGAUAUGAAAGGCAAAGAGGAAAAUAAACUACAAAAUAGCCAUAACAUAAAUGUAGUUGAUAAAGAGAUGGUUGUGACAAAAGGCCAAGGAAACGAUCUACCAAGUGAAACUGAAGAUAAACAAAAUGAGGACAAAGAUUUAAAUUCUCAUGGACAGGUUAAAUUGCAUAAUGAAGUUCAAGAGGGAGAUAGUUGUGAAGGAAGUGACAUACAAGAGAAGAGCAGAAAUUCAUUAAUUUUAGCAAAUGGAGCAGAAACAUACAAAUUACAGGAUGCUUGUGAUGAAAGUAGAGAAAUGUCUGCUAAUAAAAAUGUGGAAAGCAGUUGCCUUAAUAUUAGUAAUUUUAACAAUGUCGAUAUCAGUGGUAAUAAAAAGGACAAUUCUACAAUAAAAAAAAAGAAAGGAAAUAAGACGAAUGAAAUUACCAAAAUCAGUUUUAUGGACUUAAAAACAGAGAUUGAACAAAUGAUUCUUGCCUUGGUAAAGUAUGUACCAGCUAGUAAUUUUGUUGGUUCUAUUGCUAGCAAACUGAAGAAACUUAAUGAAUUGUAAAGGAGAAGAAUAAUAUACAGUAUAUCGUUCAUUUUCUACCUUAAAGUACUUGUACAUUUAAUUAUUUUCAGAACCAUUUAAUUGUAAGUUUUGUAUAUGAACUAUAUAUUCAUUAACAUUGUUAAAAUCAAUGAAUAAAACUAAAAAAUUUUU